AUGUAAGAAUCUCCCUUACAAUACUUGAUGGCAGAUCAAUACUAUUUAGACCAUUCAGAAGAAUACUCCUCCAUUCUGAUCUAAGAAAACCAAUACCUAGCCAAUCUCAAUCAAAAUGAUGUCCCAAUAUUUCAAUCUAAAUUAAUCAAGAAUCCCACCGCAAGUCUUAUUGGGAAUUAUUGUCUCACCAGUAACAUAAUAUUCAUAUUACUUUUGAUUCAUCUAUCAUAGUAAUCCACUCAAUAGAUCCACUUUUAGCUGCCAUCAGAGUUUUGAA